GUGGGCAAUUAGGAGGGGAAGCAAAGCAAUAAGUGGCAGACUUUGUGAGCAAUCUUGUGAAUAAAUUAAAUCAAUGUAGGGAACCCUUUUUGCAGGUAGACUCUGCCCUCCCAGCUCAGCCAGGAAAUAGGGGCCCAAGGACAGAGAGUGCUGGCGGGAUCUGGUUUUGGACGGCAAGCGACACGGCUGAUCCCGCCGUACAGUUUAAAUGUCGAGAAUAAGAAAACGGCAAAAAGCGCAAAGUUAAACCGAAAACUGGAAUUUGCAAAAUCCCGAAUGAACUUUUUGUUUACGACCUAAGUCGGGAGUUGCCACAUCUGCUCACUAAGGAGUGGAGAAUAAGGCGAGGGAAGGCCUUCGUCGAUCAGCCGCGGCCUCCGGGUUUGCUGAGUGACUCCGGCAGAAACGCCGCGCGGCCGCUCGGACUAUGGCCGAGGUCAGUCGCGAUGUGUUCGGGACGCUGCCGGACGGGCGGCUGGUUCACCGGUUCACGCUGCGCUCCGACUCGGUGAAGCUGUCAGUGUUGAGCUUCGGAGGCAUUCUAACCAGCCUGGAGACCGGGGACCGGCACGGAGAACUGGCAGACAUCGUCCUGGGCUUCGAUCACUUGCAAGGUUAUAUUAACAAGCAUCCAUACUUUGGGGCAGUGAUUGGCCGUGUUGCAAAUCGAAUUGCAGGAGGGAAAUUUAGUAUUGAUGGAAAGGAAUAUCAGCUGCCCAUUAAUAAUGGGCCAAACAGUAUACAUGGUGGCUUGAAAGGAUUUGACAAGGUGCUUUGGACAUCCGAAAUAUUAUCAAAUGGAGUGAGGUUUUCCAUGACAAGUGCUGAUGGUGAAGAAGGGUAUCCUGGAGAGCUGAAAGUCUGUGUGACGUACAGUCUUGAUGGAGCAGUGCUGGCUAUUAAUUACAAGGCCCAAACCACUGAGACCACCCCUGUAAACCUGACCAAUCAUUCCUAUUUCAAUCUGGCAGGACACGGAUUCCCUAAUAUUUAUGAUCAUGAGGUUUCUAUAGAAGCAGAGAACUACCUGCCGGUCGAUAAAACAUCAAUUCCAACUGGAGAGAUUGCUGCGGUGGAGAACACAGGUUUUGACUUGAGGAACCCGGUAGUUCUUGGAGACCAUAUCGCAAAUAAGUUACCUGGAGGCUUUGACCACAACUUCUGUUUAAAUUCCUCAAAACAACAAUCUCCUUGUGCAAGGGUUUACCACCAGCCAAGUGGCAGGUUACUGGAGAUCGAGACCACGCAGCCUGGAGUUCAGUUCUACACUGCCAAUUUUCUGGAUGGGAGUUUGAAGGGCAAAGGAGGGGCUGUGUACCCUAAGCAUUCAGCUUUUUGUUUGGAAACUCAGAAUUGGCCUGAUGCUGUUAACAAGGCAAAUUUCCCAGAUGCAUUGUUGAGACCCGGCGAGGAAUAUGACCAUACAACAUGGUUUAAGUUCUCUGUACUUUAACAGCUGUAAUGUAGGUAGUUCGAGUUUCAGUUGUCAUACUUUAAUCAAAACACUUGCUUUACUUUUAAUAUUUUUUUAAAAAUCACGGUGGUGGGGUGUUGGUUAGGUAAAACAUUAAUACUAACUAUUUGUGAGGAAAAUUAAAUCGUGUGCAGUAUUUACUCAUUGUGCCCAUACGUUGAGCAAUGCAUACCAAGAAUGAGCAUUUAUCUUAGAGUAUUUCCUAAAAACCAGAGAUGUCUUAAAUUAUAUACCAUCUCAGAUUCAAUCUAUUUGGGAAGGCAGAAACACUUAGAAAAUUGGAUAUUUAAUACUAGCCAAACCCUUAGCAAUUGUCAAUUUGCCCAUAAUAAAAUAAUGCUCAAAGAUCUGCAUUUCCCAUAGAACCAAAAUACAUGUAAAUGAGUAAAAUGAAUCCUAACAUCUGUAACUUAGUACUUCUAAUAAAAAUAAAACUUGUAUAAAU